AUGUGUCAAAAUGUAACUCUUAUAGCAAACAAUAGCCGACAACAGUAUUGUUCAACAAAUUAUUAUUUAUCGAGUUAUUCAAAAACAAGUGAUAUGUGUUUUGUGCAAAUUGUGACACAAAGUGAUAAUAAUAACAAUAACGGUGUGAUUACAAUGAAUGUGACAAAACUAAUAACAUCAGAGUAUUUGCCAAAAAUAGGAGCAAAAUCUUGUAAACAACACUUCAUUGAACUAUUGGUUGACAAACAAGUGAUCUAUAAUUUGUGUGGAAAUUGGAGUCAAACUGAUCUCUUAACUAUUCCUCCAAUUAUUACAUCUGCCAACACAUCAGUUAUUGUCAAGAUUUAUGCCUAUAAUUAUAAUCAACACAUCACUGACUGGUCAUUGCUUAACAACACUUCACUGGGCUUUUGUCUAACAUAUGAAAGACAAUUGGAAAGCCCUAAAAUCUGGUGCCAAACAUCAAUGRGAUGGCUAAACACAAGUGACUAUUGCUAUAAAGUAUUUUACAAUAAGAAGACAUGGUUUGAAGCACAGGAAGUAUGCAAACAACUUGAUCUGAAUGGCAGUCUUGUAUCGAUUACAUCAAAUCAAUUACAAAAACUUUUAGAUGACUAUCUUAUUGAUCAGCAAAUCCAUCAAAACUUUAACAAUAACAGCACAUCAAACUUAAACAUUGAAAGUGAUUAUGCAUUUUGGAUCGGAGGCACCGAUACGUUGUUUGAAAAUAACUAUCAAUGGGUUGACGGAAAUGAUUUUCAAUAUACAAAUUGGUUUCCCGGUUGGCCAGUGGACAGUACAGGUCGGGAGACAUACGGUGCACAACCCAGUGAUGACGGAUUUUCUCAACAAAAUUGUAUUGAAAUACGGAAUCAAUUCUUUAUGCGAACAAAUAAAGGGAUGCAAAACACACACUCUUUCUAUUGGAAUGACAUAUCAUGUGAUGUUCGCAAUCCUUUCAUCUGUCAAAUACCUAAACUAAAAGAUGAUGAUAAAUUAGAUAAAUUAAGUUUAACUGAAUCAAUACGUGAGCCGUUAUGCAAUAAGGACAUAGUGUUGACAUCGUACUACCCGUGGGAAGUCAUAAGCUCACCUAACUAUCCCUUUCUGUAUCCAAAUAAUCUCAAUUGUACUGUUAGAGUGUCAGCAAUGACUAACAGUGCCAUUGAAGUACUGUUUACUGAUUUCCUAAUAGAAGACGGAGGAAAAAGUUGUUUAUAUGACUACAUAACAAUUGAAGACUCUAUGACUGUACAUAAGUAUUGCGGGGAUUGGACUGAAAAAAUCAAAUUACUUCGUGUGUUAAGUGAUAGUAAUCUGACGAUUCAUAUGUUUACCGACGGCUCACAUACUCAGCGAGGAUUUCGGGCUGAGCUCAGACUCAUUGAUAAAAGACAUGAAUUAGAGACAACUUUAUGUGAUAAUCAACUGUUUCGACAUUCAAAUGGCAAAUGUUAUCUCAUAACUUCAUAUCCAUCUGUUUCGUGGCCAACCGCUCAUCGUAUUUGUCACGACAUUAAGUCACAGCUUAUAAACAUCAAUAGUAUUACUGAUGAUAAAUCUCUUAUAAAUCUUUUAAUAAACAAUUCAUAUACAGAAAGAGGUGCAGAUUUAUUGCGAGCCAACCGUACCUUUUGGUUAAAUAAUGACAAUAUUAUUCGUGAAGAAGUAGACUCAUGGGUUGGUCACAACAUUAACGAAGUGGACAAUGAGUCCAAUACUUGUGUUGCUGUUGUCAUAGACAAGUACGGCACCAAUAAAUUGCAUUAUAAGAGCAUUGGUUGUAACAGUGCGGCCGGUUAUGUGUGCGUCAAACAUGCAUUUGAAUUAAAAAUAACCGAAAACACGACUGAAUAUAAUUCACUGGAGGGUACACUAUAUUCAUCAAAUUAUCCCAAUUAUUAUUUCAAUGAUAUGUUUUAUACGACAAAUGUAUUGCUAAACUUAACAAAUGCUGCUAUAAUAGUAUGGUUUGACACCAUUGACAUCGAGUGGCAAAAGGAUUGUCUUUACGAUUAUUUAACAAUAGGUGACUCCAAUCAAAAGUGGAGACAAAUUUGUGGCCAAAUCACAGAUCGCAAUGAGUUAUUCAAUGAGACAUUCAUUUCGAUGUCAAAUAGCAUUUCCAUAACUUUUAAGUCAGACUUUUCCAAUCGCGGACACGGAUUCAAACUUCAUUGGAAAGCAUUUGCUCUCAAUUGGUGUGAUAUCAAUGAGACUGUUAUCCAUGAAAAGGAUGUUAAACAACAAACCGAUUACUAUAUUGAUAGUCCUGGUUAUCCAAUAUUAAAUAUACCUCAACUCAAUUGUACCGUAAAUAUUAUUGCUAAAAGCAACAAAAAAGUUUUACUAACUGUAGUUGACUUUGAUUUGACUGAUUUGGGCGAAGAAUUUUGCAAAUAUGACAUUAAUUUGAGUAUAAAUUUGGGACAAACAAAGACUAUACAAUUGUGUGGUUCACUCAAUGCCAGGAAUAUUCUCAUAGGCCAACAAUUUAUAUCAUACGAUAAUAGUCUUAAAAUACAUUAUACAACUUCUUCUUCACUCAAUUCAUUGCAAUCAAAGAGAGGAUUUAGAUUUAGUUAUAGUUUUGUGGACAGAAAAACAAAGGUUUUGUCAUUGAUUUGGUUGCCAUUGAAUCAGUUGGGAAAAGUGACAAAUUUUAACUAUCCUCACGAGUGUCCAAAUGACUAUUACAUGUAUCUUAAAACUGAGAUCAGCCAUCAAAUAGAGCUACGUCUGCCUCGACUUACAUAUAUGAAGAUCAAUGACGGCGUCCACUGCGAGUUAACCACAGAUCAGCUCAUACUUCAUGUAAUCGAUCCGUUUGGUGACAUACGUCUAACACCAGCCAACCCAACGAUUUGGUCGGUUUGUAGUGAAUCGAGUGAACCGUUUAAGACAUUCUCAACGUUGCGCUCGACUGAAACCAAAGUCAUUAAAUCAAAGUUUAAUGUUUUACAUAUUAGACCCGCAAACAAAAUACAGCGAAACUCUUUCAUGUUUUACUAUAAAAUCAAAAAAGAUCUAUUAUUUUUUAAUCAAUCAAUACAUUUGACUCAAAAGCUACCACUAAAUACUUGUGAAUAUAAGCCAUGUAUUAAUAACGGUUACUGUAUUGUCAAUGAACGCAAUGAAAGCUAUUGUAAAUGCAGUGACUUAUGGACCGGAAUAUUCUGUCACUUGACUCCAUGCGAUCGCAAGCCAUGUGGUAAUCACGGAAUCUGUGAACUUAAUAAAGACUCUUCAGAUGGUUAUGUAUGUCAUUGUGACUCUGGUUAUAUAGGAAGUCAUUGUGAGAAUACAAUCAGUGUUUGUAGUAAAAGUAAUCCGUGUGGAGACCGAGGAUCCUGUUCUCUAAUUAAUGGACAAACACAAUGCAAAUGCUAUCCAUGGUAUGAAGGCACUUAUUGCGAUAGAUUUGCAUUUAAAAUACAAUACAAACCAUUGAGCAAAAAGAUGAUGGAAGAGCCCUUCUGGUUGGGUCUGAUGUGUGUCGGGACAGUCCUGGCAUUGCUUUCCAUUGUUUACUGCAUUAAGAAAAAGUUUGCCGAAAGAAUUGAAGCAUUUUUUGCUGAAGAGAUUGAAAAAAGCAAAUCCAACUUUAGUAUUCCUCGAUAUAGUCUUCAAUCCAAUGUUGGAGUUAAUGUCAACGUAAGUCCAAUUAAUUUAAGUCCAAUUCAUCGGUCGAGAUCAACAUUAAUGACACGUUUUAAGAAAUAUAAGAGACGUCACUCUAAUAUGAAUCACUUUUCCGAUCCCGAAGCCGGUGCUUGUGAUCAGUUAAGUGACGCCGAAAGUGGUAUUUAUAAUCCAAUACCGAGUUUCAUAAGACACGCGUCGUCGGCAAAAGAUGACGUGUCUGAAGAAAAACAUGAACUCAAUACCACUCGUAUACUCCAAUCACUCGUCAGUACAUCAAAUUCUGCAAAAAAUCGUCGGUUAAGUCUCGAUGAGUUCAUUCAAAACAAUAGACAUCUUAGAUUACAUCGAUUAAUGCAACAAAACAUAGACCAGAGUCAGUCCGAUGUCUCCCUUUCCGACGGUGAGUCGAGUUUCAUUAGUUCAGCCAAAAGUCCGACCUCAUCGCCCGGCAGAAGAUCACCUGUUAAUUUGAUGCGACAAUUCAGUGCCAUAUCUGAAGCAUCACAAGAAGAUCAGUACUCCAGAGUUACAUCAAGAAAUAAUACACUACCGGAUGAUUCAUCUUCAGAUAGUCUCAGUUUUUUACAUAACUCUCCGGUUAUGAAACAGGAGAGCGAAACGGAAAUACUUCUCAAUGAUAUACAAAGUAUUCAACAGUCGUCUCAAUUGUCACAUCAUUUGUAUGAUAGAGAAAGUCCUCAGCCGUCAUCAUCAGGAUAUAUGAUGAGACAUGAUAAGUUAGGAUCGACUACUUCAUCAACCAGUAGUGGUGCCAGUACUCCAAACCGAUUUUUCCCGCCGGCCAUCACUGUAACCAACGCAUCAAUAGAGCACUACUAUGAUAGUGAUGUCAAUUGUAGUCCUCAUCCUUCACUAAUUAAUAGGUCUUCAUAUGAUAGCAAUGGUAUGUGUGAACUCAUGGUUCCGGUACAGACUGUGCGUCGGUUAUCUGAACCGUCACCCAAAGCCAUGACUGAUGGUAAACGAUCUCCCAGUCCGAGCUCACAGUCUUGUUGUUCGCCAAUGAUUAAGAAAACAAUUGAGUCGACUAAAGGCAGAAAGUUUUCGUUGGAAAUGAUUCCCAGAAUUCAAAUUAAUACAGAAGUCGCCGGAGAUACUAAUACUACACCCAAUCCAUGCAAAAAAACAAUCAAUUAUUUGAAUCCAAUGGUAAUCAAUGCCGCCAGUGAUAGGACUAUAUCGGAGUCUAAUUUAAGCACUUCGGGUUAUUCCUCUUUUUCGAGUCCAGGCAUUUCCAGAUGUAAUUCUUCGAGUCCUUUCCCAGAAGAGAUAGGAGGUGUCAAUGCAGAGUUGACUACAAUAGUAAUACCAGAUGUACCACAACUCGACUUUAAGCAUAAUUCAGACUUUCAGCCGAGUUAUGGCAACUUUCUGUCGAUACCUGUCUUUACAUUUCCUGUAAAGGAAUCUAAAAACAAAACAAAGUCACCGACAAGUAAUAAACCGGAUGUCAUUUGUCCACAAAUCAAGAUAUCUCCCGCAGAAUCUGAUGAACGACUCGACAUAUAUAACCAAAUACUAGAUGAUGAGGGAAUUGACUGCGGAAUUGAAUUCAUAGCAAAAGAAUCAAAAGAAAAUAAAAAAUAUAUAUCAAUAGAGAUGCAGUCGAGACCCGUCUCGUUAUUUUCAGGAUUUAAUGAUAACCGAGACACAAAACGACAGAAGAAGUUGAUCCUAUCACCGACCCAUUCAUUAGAAGAGUUUAAUAUGGAUAGUAUGAGAAAGACUGAUACAUUGAGAACACCAAAAAUUAGACGCAACCCUUCGUGGCCGGCGGUCAUCAUAUCACCCAACAGUACAUCUUCGUCUGAAUACGAAGAAAACAAAAACAAAAAUAAAAAAUCAAUUAAAAGGACAACAUAUUUGACAACUAAAGUGAAAAAAUUGCACAAAAAACGUCUUAAAUCGAAAUCAAAACAACGACUGCAAAGUAGUCUUUCAGUUGGAAGUUAUGCCGUCAGUGAUAACUGUCUGUCGACCAGAUCUAGUGGUAGACAAUGGUUUCAAACAUCAUCUCAUUCUUCAUCCACGGAAUCAUUUUUAUCGACCAAUGAAGACGACAAUACAGUCAUUUCAGGACUAAAGUCUCGAAAGAAUAACUCAUCACAAAGUCUUUGCGAUAGAUUGUCAGUCUGUGAUAUCAAUACAUUCAAUACUAAUACUGAUAAUCAGUAUUUAUCAUUAAGAUCUCAAAAACAUACCAUCGCUUCCAUAUCUGACAGCGCUUUAGAUAAAUCCAAUAAAUCAAUUAAUAGUCUUGAGACGACUCAUCUGUCAAAACCAGUCAGCAGUUCAUUAGAGUCGAGGAAACGCUGCAAACGGACAAUACAUAAGCAGAAGGCUAUGCAAGAGGACGACUACAUUUAUGACAAGUUCUUAGAGAAACAAAAACUUUUAGAGAGAAGUUUUCAGUGAUAUUAUUAAAAGAUAUUUCACAUUU